AUGCGCCGCCUGCAGACGCAGCUCCUCCGCCGUUUCCAAGGCCUUCACAAGUCCUCAACUAUGCUGCCCUUAAAGAGUGAUCUUCGGACACCUGUGUGUCCAGUUGAAGAUGAGGCGGCUCUCCAGUUGGCACGUCAGUGCCUGCUGACGGGACAGGUUAUUGCCCUUCCCACCGACACUGUUUAUGGUCUGGCCUGCGAUGCCAAUAAUGAGUCGGCCAUCCAAAAGCUCUACGAGAUCAAGGGUCGGGAUGAGCACAAGCCGGUGGCUAUCUGCGUUCACAACAUCCCCGCUCUGCGUCGCUUUGGUCAGGCUUCCCAUCUCAGCGACGAGCUGCUAACUCGUUUGCUCCCGGGACCCCUGACCAUUGUGAUCGAGCGGACGCCCCAGUUGAGCAACCGGUUCCUUAAUCCCAGCACCUCCAAGAUCGGCAUUCGCAUUCCGGACUUUAAUUUCAUUCGAGAUUUGUGCGCCGUGUGGCAAGAUCAGCCUUUGGCCCUGACCAGUGCCAAUCGCUCCAGUGCGCCCAGCAGUUUGCAAGUGUCCGAGUUUCGUUCGUUGUGGCCGCAUUUGGGCGCCGUCUUCGAUGCUGGCCAAAUCGGGCUUACCGAAGAGCGACGCCUGGCCUCCACAGUCAUUGAUUUGGCCACUCCGGGUUAUUUCGAGAUUGUUCGGGCAGGAGUGGCUUUGAAACAGACUCUCAGUUUGAUGGAGGAGUUUGGUAUCCAGUCGCGGGAAAUUUUGUAGAUUAAUAAGUUUAAACGAAAUAAAUUAUAGUUUUCACUCCGAA